UUGCCGUUUGGAGCCACCCAACCACAAUGGUGCAGGAGAGCAGUCGACUGCCGCAGCUCAAGGCCGACGAGACGCGGCGCGUCCGGUGCUUCGACAAGCGCUGGGUGCUCCAGCUCAUUCCCGUCGCGAUCCUCUUGGUCAUGUUUGUCGGCGUCGUGACGCCGUACCUCCAGCAGCAAGCCCGCAACUCGGACGCGUUCAAGGUCUUGUACAACGACACGACCGCGAUUCGCAUGGGCCAGCGCAUGACGAACGGGUCCACGAACGUCCUUCACAUCGAAGUGCUCGUCGGCGGCCUCAACACCGAGACCUUUGACAUGUCGCUCACUUCGUACAUCACGCACAUCCCCGACAAGCUGAAGGACCCAACGUCGCACCGGCUUUUGCAGCCGUUCCGGCUCAUGGUGGGUCGCUACUCGACCGUCGUCUCGGCCAACUCGUCAAACCCGUACGGUCCGAUGGCAGCACAAAUUCCAUUGACGUCGGGCUCGCUGAGUCAAUACCCGCUCGACCGCUACAGCGCACUGCUCAAGAUCGAAGCCAUGACGGGUUUCGGUCCGCACACGGGCGAAGCGACCGAGAAAAUCGAAGUCCUCAUGACCUACUACGGCGUCGAAGACUAUGCUUGGGACUACACGGUGAAGAAGCUCGCGAUCGCGGAAGCCGACCGCAUGUACGUCGGCAGCACGGAGAACGCCGACAUGUUUUUGAUCUCGGGCGGCCGCAAGUCCAACUUUUACGUCUAUAUUGGCUUGAUGUGGCUCGGGAUCUGGUCCGUCACGAUCGCAGUCGGGUACAUUGGCAGCAUGAUUGUCAUUUGGAACCGCGAGCCCGUGGACAGUCCCGAGAUCUUCCUCACAGCACUCUUUGCCGUGCCUGCUUUCCGCAACACGGCCCCGGGCAAGCCUCCGUACGGCUGCUUGUUCGACAUUACGUGCACGUACUUUGCCAUCACAGUCAUCUUCAUCUACCUCCUCUCGGUCGCGAUCAAGUACAUUGGCAAAAAGAAGCGCGACUAAGUAAGCUCGGAACAACACGACGUCAUUUUGGUUGCGUCGUUUAGUGCUUUUGCCGAAUCUGGCACGAUUGUACCAUAUAAUUCGGUGCCGUGUCCAGUCCGUGGGUAUGUGCGCUAAAAACGGGGGCGCUGCUUGGCCAUGGCACUGCGACUGGACGACCAUG